CUUUAUUUUGCUUCCCUCUGGAUAACCGAGCCAGGCUGACGUUCGUGGUCUCCACAACUUAGCACAUAGUUAAGUGCGGCCCGUCAUCACGAGUCGCAGCGAAGACACCAGAGGAGACCCAGAGAAGACAGAGAUACAGUCGGGGACCAGGGAAGCCGACUAGGCGGCCGUAGGAUUCCGGAACUUUGGACGCGAGAACGGGGUUUUGGCUAGCGGAGGGAAGAGAACGGAGAGCCGCGCCGCCACGUGACCGGACGUCGGCAGCACGUAGCCCGGAAGCACGAGGCUCCGGGAGCAAAGGCGUCCAUGGCAGCGGGUCUGGGAGAACGGCGCCUCUUCGUGGGCGGCCUGGGGCCCUCGGUCACGCAGGACGACGUGCGCGCGCAGCUGGGCCGCUUCGGGGAGGUGUGCUCCGUGGAGCUCGUGUCUCGGGUGAACGAACUCGGCCGGCCCGAGAAGACCUUCGCCUACGCCAACGUCCGGCUGUCCGAGGAGGCGCUGAGGAGAUGCAUGUCGGCUCUGAACCGGACGGCCUGGAAAGGCGGCACGCUGCGGGUGCAGCCGGCCCGGGAGAGCUUCCUGCACAGGCUGGCCAAGGAGAGGCUAGAAGCCAAAGCCCAGCAGGAGCGGCGCAGCCCCGGUGCCGCCCCGGAGAAGAGAGCCCCGGAGCUCCACAUGAGGGCCGUGCCCGGGACCGAAGUCCCAGGACACAAGGACUGGGUCGUGAGUAAGUUUGGGAGAGUUCUGCCCGUCCUUCACCUUCGAAGCCAGAACAGUCGCAAGGUCUUAAAAUAUGAUCCCUCAAAAUAUUGCCACAACCUAAAGAAGUUUGAACAAGAUGUCACAAAUACCGUCUCCAUUUCUGAUCUCACUUGGAAGUUGGAAGGAGGAGAUGACCUGAUGAGUAAGAAGCGACAAGGACAGUUUCCCGCCUUCAGAAGCCAUCCCUCUAAGAGUGGGAAGGUGGGAGGCCAUCCUUGCCUCCCAUCCAAGGCUGUGGGACGUCACCAGCUGCCAUCUCCAGGCCCUCCAAGCACAGCCCAGCAGCCACAGGUGCAGAAAGCACAUUCGCAGCCAACUGACUUUCCUGUGCCAGUGUCCUCUGAACAGAAGAAUGCUCAGAAGCCGGAAGCGUGGUUUCUUCAGACCUCAAAGUCGCCCAUCGUCAGAAGCAAAAACAGCAUGUCUGAUGAUGACGGGGACUCUGAAGAAGAAACGAAGGCCUUGCUAGCAGAAGAGAAGUCACAGAGGACAGGCUUUCCCAACACAGGUGAUCCUGAAAGGGAUUCCUUUGAAGUGGUCACUGCUGAUUUCAAGCCAGGCAUGAAACGUCCAAGAUCCUCGGCCGCUGGCUCCAACAGUGCCGCUCAUCUCACCGAAGAUGAGCGAGACUAUGAUUCGGGAGACACAGAUGAAAUCAUUGCCCGGGGGGACAACAGGGAGAAGAGCGAGAGCGAGCAGAAACUCUCACCAAAAGAGAGAUCCAAACGGAAAGAGAAGGACUUUCAGAAAAGUAGAACAAAACGGGCAUCUUCUUGUCCUCAUACGGAAACAAAUGAAGGGGGAAACUCCCCAGGUAGCGAAAGAGAGUCAGCGAAUUGUAUGAAGUCUCUCCCUCAACAGCUGCCGAGGGCCCCCCCCAGAUCCGGGAGCGGCGAAUCUGAGGAAGAACUGGAGUAUGAAUCCAUGAUGACUAACUGCUAUCGCCUUGACCUCACCUUGGCUGACUUAGAAAAGCUGGCCAACGGAGAUGCCCAGGGUCCAGGGGGAAAUGCCACCUGGACUGAGCAGGCUCUCCCGGCGACCCAGGACAUGGGCUCAGGCCACAAGACUAAGAAGGCUCCCAGAAAAGGGGCCCGCUGCAUCGAUCCCAAAGACAUUUUGGCUUCCCUCUUAGAAGGGGAAGAGAAAAUCAGUGACCGGGACCCCCUGAAGGAAGGUAUGUCAAAGUCCAAGUUUAAGGCUUUCAGAGGUGUGGGAGCCCUCUAUGGAGGGGAGACACCAAGAAGACCCUGGCCAAGCAGAGCUGUCACCACCCAGAGGAAGUCCCAGAGUCCAUUACUGCAGGAAACAUCUCCUGUUUGUUCUAUGGGAAAAGAGGCCUGUGAUUCAAAUCCUUGCUCCAGUGAUGAAGCGUCCCCACCCCAGGUCGGAAGGGAAGCAGAUGGGGCAAACGACCUUCCACCUGCUUCUGGAAAACGUCCAAGGAGGCAGCCAGCUGAUGGAGACCAGCCUUGUGUUGUGCGGCCACCCCCCUCUAGUUCAGGGAGUCCGUCGUCACUGGGCACUAGGAAACCCUCGACUCUUCGUGCAGAAACUUGUAGGAUGCACUUGGGAAGCAACGGAGGCCUUGGCACUGCUGAAAUGGGAGACCCCAAGCCAGGAAGGAGCAGGGCCGUGGCCCUCGGGCCUCCCGCAGGUCCAGAGUCCAAGUGCGAGCCAGCAGUUCUGAAAAUACAUUCCAAGAAACCCCUCAAAGUGUCUUCCCGUGUGCAAGGGAAGGACCCAAAGGGGUCUCGGGAGAGGGAGCCUGAAUGCCCGCCUUGUAUGGCUCCGGCCGAUGCCAUCAGCCCUCCUAAGAACUCCCAGGAUAACCAAAAGCGCUUGGCAGCCUUGGAGGAGAGGAGGCGAGAACGGGAACUGCAGAAGCAGCUGGUUCACAGCGCUCUGUCCAGCUUGGAUGGCCAUCCAGCAAACAAACCCACCCACAUCCUGUUCAGCUCAGACAGUGAAGACGAAAUGGGAGAGAAUGACUGCAGUGAAAACCCUCAUGCGGGAAAUGGAGUCAAACGAGAUUUGGCCAGCAAACCUUCUGGAAAACUCUUUGAGAGCAGCGAGGAUGAAGAACAGGAAAGUGAAGGGGAUGAGGCCCGAUUCCAGAUUAAACCCCAGUUUGAAGGCAAAGCUGGGAAAAAGCUCAUGAGCUUGCAGUCUCACUUUGGGGCCGAUGACCGAUUUCGAAUGGACGCUCGCUUUCUGGAAACCGAUAGUGAAGAAGAGGAGGAGGAGGAGGAGGUAAAAGAAGCAGGGAUGGCUGAGGAAGAGGAGCUUGCUGCUGAGAAAAAGAAAAACAUGGAGGUGAUAAAAAACAUUUUGCACGUCAGCCACCAGGCGCCGAAACUGAACAAAGAGGAGAGGGCCGCAAAGCAGUUCAGGAACAUCGUCCGCUAUGAUCCGACGAGGCUGGACCAUGCCACGUUCGAAAGGAAAGUCGGCCUCGAGGAAAAGGAAAGCAAAGCCAAGCGCAGAAAGAAAAGGGAGGAGGCUGAGAAGCUGCCCCAGGUGUCCCAAGACCUGUACCACAGCAUCGCUGCUGACCUCAAGGAAAGGUUCAGGGCUUCGGAGCCAGUCCCGGGAGCGGGAGUUGCCGGCCCCUGGAAUGAGGCGCCCGAGGAGAUGGAGGCAGGGCCCACUGCGGCGCCAGCAGCCCCGGACCCCGCCACGGGCCUCGGCGACUUCACCUUCUCCUUCUUCGGCCCAGACCUCAGAGAGGUCGAGGAAGAACCUUACAAGACGGAAGCCCGGCCGGCGGGGCGCAUGGCCUGGCAGCUGGACCCCCGAUUCCAGGACAGCAGCUCGGAGGAGGACGAGGAGGAGGCCGAACCCGUGGAUGGGAGCGGAGGAGAGGCCAGGCCGCAGGAUGUCCCGGCUGCCGAAAGGCCAACCAGCAGGUUCUUCUUUUUCUCCGAGAGUGACGACAGGUUGUGUGUGGGUCCUGGCUUAUUCUGGCGAGGCUCAGGAAGCCAGCCCAGCAGCGAGGACUGGGAAUCCAGAACCUUGGUUCUGCUGCAGGAUUGCCGGAAGAAACACAAAGCGGCCCGGAGGAGAGCCAAGCCGUAGAGGGGGCCCUGACCAGUCCUCGAGGCCUCCUUUGGCAGUAGCAGCUCCAGCGCCGCUAAGAAGUGGUGGCCGAGGGUCCCCUCUGGAGCCAGGAGCCCUGCCCCGGAUGUAUGCCCUGGCCUGGACCUUGAUAUGGCCUCUCUGAAGGCCCCUGGGGUGUCUGGGUUGCUCAACUGCCCCCAGGGUCCCUGUGUUCUCCACCUUUCCUCGGGUUUGCUUCCUCCGCCCCACAGGGAGGAGACAAAGAGCCUGACCUUGCAUGGGCCCAGGGCCGUGGGGACCCUGCCAGGCCACGCUGCAGGGAGAAGGGGCCGCCACCGUCUUCAGACUCCCCCUGGCAAAGGAGGCUUCGGCAGGCAGGUUUUAACAAUCUGCCGGGCCGCUCUGUGGAUGAAUGUGAUGUCGUCUCCGUUAGGGUAGAAGAAACAAAGUUCAUUUUAUAAGAAGCUGAAAGUGGUCCUCGAGCUCGACCGCCAUGAGCCCCCUGCCCACACACCUCUGCUGACUGUUCUCUGCUGACCUUCUGGUGUAAAGAAGACGGCUUAAUUUAUUUAUGACUGUACAAAAGUGGCCUGUCUCCUGACGUCAUUUAUACAAAUAUAAACAAGACAGUCUC